AGCUAUAUUUCACUGUUAUUUAUGAAUGAAGAUGGAUCUUGAGGAUACUAAAACUUUUGUUGGUAUUUAUUUCAAUAAAGAAGAUUGGCAAGUUGUUCCCAGAAUUUGGUUGUUUGAGGAAAAUGCCAGAAUUUACACCUAUUGGCCUGAUGUCGGUGAUGUUGGCACGUUGGCUAGGCUGUGCACUCCUGUGCAGAAGACCUGGCGUUCUUAUCCAGUGCAGAAAAUUGUUGCAACUUCAGAGGACUACAAACGAACUGAACACAAGGUGCUGUGUGGCCACAUGAGCCAGAGGCAGUCUUCAGAGAUUGAAGUGGGUUCCCGCAAACAUAAGAAAGCUCGUCUGGACAGCAGCCAUGUGUCCCGACCCCGCGACAGCGACUCCAGCGACGAAUAUCACUCGGCCAGAAUAAAAGUCUCGGCCAGAGCGCGUAUCAUGGCUCGGCGUCGCAAGCAGCGGCGCUUCAAACUUCCAGGCCCGCUGGACCGCAGAUCUUCUAGUCCAGACCUGCCAUCGUUCCCGCACCCAUCGCAGCUGAUGCAUCUGCCCGGCAAGAUCAAUCGUAAAUCUCCUGAAUUUGGCCAAACCCCCUCGCGGUCGUUGAUCGAAGAAGAUUCACCAACUAAAGCCUGGCCCUCGACUUCGACAUCAAACUCAACCCUCAGCCACCGUCUUGAUAUAUUGGAAGCUAACCAGAAAAUUAUACUGAAGAAACUGGACAAAAUUCUUAAAAGUACUACUGAGACCAAUGCCAGAGUGAAAUGCUUUAGAAAACCACAAACAAUUACUGUUUCUGGCAAACCUUUACCGUCGUUUGAUCCGGCGACCACGCUCGAAGAAUUGGAGGAAAUUCUAGCCAUGGAUAACAUUGUAAGUAAAGUAAAGAUCUUUAUGUCGAGUGAUGAAUGGUCUUAUACGGUCAGUUUACGGGAUCAUCCGCUCUACAGGAUCUUAUACGGUCAGUUUACGGGAUCAUCCGCUCUACAGGAUCUUAUACGGUCAGUUUACGGGAUCAUCCGCUCUACAGGAUCUUAUACGGUCAGUUUACGGGAUCAUCCGCUCUACAGGAUCUUAUACGGUCAGUUUACGGGAUCAUCCGCUCUACAGGAUCUUAUACGGUCAGUUUACGGGAUCAUCCGCUCUACAGGAUCUUAUACGGUCAGUUUACGGGAUCAUCCGCUCUACAGGAUCUUAUACGGUCAGUUUACGGGAUCAUCCGCUCUACAGGAUCUUAUACGGUCAGUUUACGGGAUCAUCCGCUCUACAGGAUCUUAUACGGUCAGUUUACGGGAUCAUCCGCUCUACAGGAUCUUAUACGGUCAGUUUACGGGAUCAUCCGCUCUACAGGAUCUUAUACGGUCAGUUUACGGGAUCAUCCGCUCUACAGGAUCUUAUACGGUCAGUUUACGGGAUCAUCCGCUCUACAGGAUCUUAUACGGUCAGUUUACGGGAUCAUCCGCUCUACAGGAUCUUAUACGGUCAGUUUACGGGAUCAUCCGCUCUACAGGAUCUUAUACGGUCAGUUUACGGGAUCAUCCGCUCUACAGGAUCUUAUACGGUCAGUUUACGGGAUCAUCCGCUCUACAGGAUCUUAUACGGUCAGUUUACGGGAUCAUCCGCUCUACAGGAUCUUAUACGGUCAGUUUACGGGAUCAUCCGCUCUACAGGAUCUUAUACGACACCCUGGAACAGACCAUACACUGCGGGUUCCAGCGCAGUCAGUUCGAUAACGACCUCAAGAAUAUCCUUAAGAACGCGGGUGACUGGGACGGCCAUCGCGGCGGCCGCAAAAAACCUGUCUCUGGACCGCAGGUCUCUGGCACCGUCCCGUCCCCGAGCUCUGGGGUUGACAGGCUGGGCGACUUGGAGCUCUCGGCUCUGGAUUCCAUGAUUUAUAAGGUCGAGACAUCGAGUAUGCUUGAUGAGGAUUAGGUUUUGUUAUUAUUUGACAAUUUUUUAAAUAGUUUUGUUAUCCUUCUGUACAUGGUUAACCUCAUGUAGAUUUUAUAUUUUUUACGUUCUGUUUUACACAUUUGUUACCGUGUAGCAUCUCAGUCUUGGACGCCAUGGAGUUCGAUAUAACGGUGGAGUUGAUACCUCUUCAUCAUUCCAAACCCACGGGAUGUUUUUUUUUUUGCAAUGGGUGGAUUUUCAGUUAAUUAAAAUGAUUAGUAAAAAUUGCCUCAUCUAUAACUUUACAAUGAAUUUUUUUUCAUUUUUGACCUAAUGCUACCAUUUGAAUUAAUUUUUUUUAUAAAAUUCCCGCCACUUCGCUAUUGUGGGAAACGUACAUUUUUUGACGAUUCUCUUUAUUCGUUGCUAUGCAACGCAACGCAUUGGUCUCAACAAUAUAAUUUUUCUAUUUGCAUACUUGAAUAUUUCGAGAAAAUAAUCCCUAAUGCUUUCGGGCGCCGCAAUAAUUACUGCAAGAAUUAUUAAAGAUCUUCUUUAAUAAUAAAUCAUACCGAAAUGC